GUUUCUGCUCGUGUGUCCUUUGGCCUCAAGACUCCCCUUUUCAAGCCCAUCGCACGGCAGCAACCCAUCCCUAUUUCUUGGUUGCCUUUUAAUCCCCACCGCAAAAAUGGUGUCCCCUCAAGUUACAAAUUUGGCGAUCAUCGUCGUGAUGAUGCAGGUGUCCAAGAAGGUCCCCUUUGACGAUCCAGAUGUUCUACUUCUUGUCCGUGGUCUUUACGUCUUGUCCAACGUGAUCAUCCUGAGUCUGUAUCUUUACACGCAAGCUCAGAUCACCAAGAAAAAUGACCUUACGACAUUGAAGUACGUCGAGCCCGCUCCUCUCGGAAGCGGCGAGGAGCCCCGCCCUGUCACGACCACCAACAUGGACUACGACAAGGGUCAGUUCCGUCAGCUCAUCAAGAGCCAGUUUAUGGGCGUCGGUAUGAUGGCGGUGAUGCACUUGUACUUCAACUACACCAACCCCCUUCUGAUCCAGUCGAUCAUUCCUCUCAAGGGUGCUUUCGAAUCCAACCUGGUGAAGAUUCAUGUAUUUGGAAAGCCCGCAACUGGCGAUCUCCAGCGGCCUUUCAAGGCUGGAAACAGCUUCCUCAGCCAGGGCCAGCCCAAGACCGACAAGGCUUCUCUCGAGAACGCCGAGAAGAACUGGAGGGGCGGUGUCAAGGAGGAGUAAGCUUAUAUAUGGUAGCUGGACACAGAGCGGUGUCAAGAGCAUAUUCUUUCUUCUGUAUUAUACAUAAGAUGCCGAUGUGGUGGCGGUAGCUCUGUUGGAUUUACCCUCUGGCUGAGAUGGUAGCCUGGAAGAGUAGACAAUCCUAUCUAAUAAAUAGCCUUUCGAUAUCUUUAGAUAUAUCGAAUACUUUGAUAACCCGCUUGUGAAAAUCUGGCUUAUAUUCGUACGUAAGCGGUGCUGGGAAAGGUUGCGAGAUUGCAUAUUCAAACAGUAUACACAAACUACAUGUAGUGGAGUUGACCCAGCCCUCGACGUUUGGGUAGGUUUAGAGCGUGGUCU